CAUACUUUGGAUCCACCAAAAAAAUAAAAUUUCCCCCAUUUUUCUAGUGUCAUCUUCUUUCCAACCUCAUUCUCUUGCUGAUCACGGUGUAGUUCACACCUGAACUCUCACCCUUCCUCUUUCUCUCUCCUCCUCGAUCUCCGCAACAUUUCUGCAAAUUCUCCAUCCUCAAAUUCGAUUCUAACCAGCUGUCGUUCUCUCAAUCUUGAGAUCUCUAACAAUUUUAGGUUUUCGUGAUGGAUUUGAUCUGAAAAUCUCGCAUUUUGUGAUCGAAUCAAAGUAGAAAGAUGGACUGGUGGGGCGGAAAGGUUUCGCUUGGAAAUUUGGAUUUUUCAGGCGCAGUAAAUAAGCUUCAAGAGAGUGUUAAGAGCAUUGAGAAGAAUUUUGAUAGUGCUCUUGGUUUAGAAGAUAAGCUUCAGUCAAGCGAUGAAGCUUCAGGGCCACCAACUUCUUCUAGUAGCAGGAAUGCAUUAUUUGAUCCUGUUAUGGCAUUUAUGGGGAAUAAAGAAGAGGACAAUGUAGAUGAGUCAAAGGAAAGGGAAAUCCCUCAAGAUGAAGCAAGAAUUGCGGAAAAUAAAGAUGAUUCGUCAGAACAUUUGGAAAGCAUGCAGGGCCAAUCUGUGGUUGAGGAAAAGAAAGUUGAUGGAGUUGAUACUGUAGUUCAACACGUUAUAGAGCCAGUGUUGUCUCCUCAAGAAGAAGAGGGGGGAGUGAAAGAGCAAAUGGACUAUGUUGCUUCUGAAGCUGUGGACGAAGUAGACACUAUGACAGAGUACUCAAGCGAAGUCAGAUCUGAUGCACAGGAGUCUACUGCCUCACCUGAAGUAACAAUUCAGGAUGCACAGGAGACUAGUAAACAGCUUGAUGGGGAAGAGAAACCUGAGGAGGGAUCUUUAGAACAUUCAGAAUCAGCUGAAAGCAAGGUGGUAGAUGAUCAAGCAAAUCAACACCAUACUGAUAAUUUUAUUACUAGAGAAGCAAGUGAUGCUGUAGAGCCACUCGAAAGCAUGCAAGAGCUGGCUGUAGGCGGAGGCACCCCAAAACAAGAGGAAGUGUCAAGUGAUAGCCAAGCUGGAAAUCUGGUUGAGCACUCAGAAAAUGUUGUUGGUAUUGCUGAUGCUGAAAUUGAAAGUUCUACUGGAUCGGUCAACAUCAACAAUAGUUCGUCUCCUGAAUUUCUGACUAAUGCGAUCCAGGGAAUUGUUUCUGGUCAAGCUAUUGAGGAAGCUAGUUCAACUAUUGUAACUAUCCAAGAGGCAAAACCACCUAAAAAAGAUGAAGUUGAAACUAAAGAUGAUAGACCUAGUCCAGUGACCAAUGUGUUUGACUCCACUGAUUCUGUCUAUGAGCUGGAGAAGGUGAAAAGGGAAAUGAAAAUGAUGGAAACCGCAUUGCAGGGAGCUGCUAAACAAGCUCAAGCUAAAGCAGAUGAGAUUGCCAAGCUAAUGAAUGAAAACGAGCAGUUGAAAUCCGUUGUGGAAAAUCUGAGUAGGAAAUCCAAUGGAGAAAUUGAGUCUUUGCGUGAGGAAUAUCACCAAAGGGUUGCAACUCUUGAACGAAAGGUCUAUGCUCUUACCAAGGAAAGGGAUACAUUACGACGAGAGCAGAACAAAAGAAGUGAUGCUGCUGCUCUUUUGAAGGAAAAAGAUGAAAUUAUUAAUCAAGUUAUGGCUGAGGGGGAAGAGCUUUCAAAGAAGCAAGCUGCUCAAGAAGCUCAAAUGAGAAAAUUAAGGGCACAGAUUAGAGAAUUGGAUGAAGAGAAGAAGGCUUUGGCUACUAAGCUACAGCUUGAAGAGAAUAAAGUGGAGAGUAUAAGGAAAGACAAGGCAGCAACUGAAAAGUUGCUGCAAGAAACAAUCGAAAAGCACCAAGCAGAGCUUGCAGGUCAAAAGGAAUAUUAUACUAAUGCUUUAAAUGCAGCAAAGGAGGCUGAAGCAUUAGCAGAGGCACGGGCCAAUGAUGAAGCUCGAAAUGAGCUGGAGGGGCGACUACGUGAGGCUGAGGAACGUGAUACGAUGCUUGUCCAAACGCUCGAGGAAUUAAGACAGACAUUAAGCAGUCAAGAGCAACAGGCAAUCAUGAAGGAGGACAUGUUACGCAGAGAAAUAGAGGACCUUCAAAAACGAUACCAAGAAAGUGAACGACGGUGUGAGGAACUUGUUUCACAAUUACCCGAAUCGACUAGGCCUCUCCUGCGACAAAUUGAAGCUAUGCAGGAGACGUCUGCCCGGAAGGCUGAAGCUUGGGUUGCUGUAGAGAGAACACUUCAAUCUCGGCUUCAGGAAGCAGAGGCCAAAGCUGCAUCUGCGGAGGAAAGAGAGCGAUCCAUGAAUGAUCGCUUAUCUCAAACUCUUUCUCGGAUUAAUGUUCUUGAAGCUCAGAUUUCAUGCCUCAGAGCUGAGCAGACACAGCUAAAUAGGUCUCUUGAAAAGGAAAGACAGAGAGCAGCUGAAAACCGACAAGAAUACCUUGCGGCAAAGGAAAUAGCUGAUACUCAUGAAGGCCGUGCAAAUCAGCUUGAUGAAGAGAUCAAGGGACUCAAGAGAAAACACAAAAAUGAGUUGCAAGAAUCGUUGGCGCACAGGGAACUUCUACAGCAGGAGUUAGAUCGGGAAAAAGCAGCUAGAUUAGAUUUGGAAAAGGCUGCCCAUGUACAGUCUUCCUUGGCAGAUCAAAGCCCAACAACAAAGAAAAGUUCCACACAUGAAAAUGGGAUGUUAACACGUAAACUUUCAAGUGCGAGCAGUGUGGGCAACAUUGAAGAAAGCUUCUUUUUGCAGGCUUCUCUAGACUCUUCUUCCUCUUUGUUAGAGCGGAGAAAUUCUGGAGAGGCUACAAUGAGUCCCUAUUACCUGAAGAGCAUGACACCAAGUGCUUUUGAAGCUUCCCUUCGGCAAAAGGAGGGCGAACUUGCAUCAUAUAUGUCUCGAUUGGCUUCGAUGGAAGCAAUACGAGACUCACUUGCUGAAGAGCUGGUUAAAAUGACUGAGCAGUGUGAGAAAUUGCGGAGUGAGGCUACUAUGCUUCCCGGCAUUCGAGCAGAACUAGAAGCUCUUCGAAGGAGACAUACUGCCGCUCUGGAGCUGAUGGGGGAACGUGAUGAGGAGUUGGAAGAACUCCGUGCUGAUAUUGUGGACUUGAAGGAAAUGUACAGAGAACAAGUCAAUUUACUUGUUAACAAGAUUCAAACGCUAAGUUCACAAAUGGGUGCUACUUGAUCACUCUGAGUCUCUGAGUGCCUGCUUCCAGUUUCUUUUUUUCGUCCAUGAGAGCGUAGCCUCAAUCGAAAACCUCACCAAGUUGCUGCAAAUCAAAUCAUUUCAAUGUUUCUGAGUGUCUCAGUAAGAAAUCACAUUCUCUCUUGAUUAGAAGUGUAUCACCAUGAUGUAUACAAAUUGCCAUAUUUAGGAAUUCAAUACUAUAAUCACUUGUAGCAUUUUUCUAAUUCAUUUGGAAAGAAGAAUUUUGUGAGAAGUGGGGUGUGGUAUAUAGCAAGAAAAACCCUAAGGAUUUACCCUUAUAUAAUUUUUUGGGUUAUUAUUCAAUUGUAUUUAAUUCUGCAGAACUGUGUCAACUUCAUUCUUUUCAUCUUUUCAUUUCUUAUUUAGUGGAAGGUUCUAUUCA